CCGGAGCGCAAGGCGGGUCAGGUUUCCUCCUGAAAGAGCUGCGGAGUGAUAUCUCUUCGUAAUAGGCGAUAUUUGCUUGAAGGUAGUUGCCAAAGUUGUCAGGGCAGGCGUGAGUCCGCGGAUACGAGCACUGCUGCGGAUUACACCGGCCAGGAACGGACAGGAGAGUCGGGAGCUCCGCUGUCCGCCAAUCCUCCCAAGUAAAGAACUACUUUUACACGGUAGUCGGUCGACAGGAAAGUUUACGGGAAUUUAACCUCACCCGGGCCAAUUUGAGUGCGUGUUCUUUUCUCCAAGGACUGUCUCACGCCAGGAGAGAAGCUCUGCUCAGGAAGCCAUGCUAAUAAAUAUGUUCCUCUUGCGGUGAGUUGCUUCGUGGACAGUCAGAGGCACCAUGGCAGAACUGCCUAUUGCCCCGGGCCAGGUCUACAUCGAGGUGGAGUACGACUAUGAAUACAAGUCCAAAGACCGCCUCAUUGCCAUCCGCCAGGGGGAAUGCUACAUGCUGGUCAAAAAAACCAACAACGACUGGUGGCAGGUGAAGAAGGAGGUGGAUACUAAAGCUUUCUAUGUACCUGCUCAGUAUGUCCGAGAAGUCCGCAAAGCCCUCAUGCCACCUCCUAAACCUCUCCCCCAUCCUCCGGCUGCCUCUGGAAACACACAUACGCAAAGUGGGGCACAUUGGGUAAAGCCAACCAGUCUGGAGCUGGGACUCCACGACCGGCCCGCUGAGAACCUUCAUAGACAUGAGUCCAACUAUCAGCGCUCACCCUCGGCACAAACCGCUUCUUCUGGGCACUUCAGUCCCCCCAGUCAGCGCAGGAACAGUAACCACCAUCAGGCCCCAACCAUUCCCACCGAGCACGAGCGAGCUCUGCCUGAAAUCCUUGUCUCCGGUGGAGGCCCUCAGCCAGCCUACAAAGGAGGGUCCAGCACUCUACCCCGAAACCGAGCUCGAUCCCCAGAGUUGAACGUGGACAGCACCCAACACUGUGACUCUGCAGGUGAAGAGAGACGCACCAACGACUCUGAGUCGGGAGACGAACUGAGCAGCAGUUCCACAGAACAUCUGCAGACUGUAUCUUCGUCAGGCCAGGGCCGCUCCGAGUCUCCUGUCUACACCAACCUCCAGGAACUGAAGAUCACCCAGACCAACCUGCCCCCUUUCCCCUCCGGCUCCCCGAUCCACGUGCUCGGCGACUGGGAGACCUACAAGGACCAGAAUGGCAGGCACUUCUACUAUAACCGCUCCACCCAGGAGAGGACCUGGAAGCCACCCCGAGCCAGAGACACCAGCAUCGGGAGCUCCAGAGGAGAGAGCCACAGCGUGGGAGAGAGCUCCGAGAACACUCCUCUCUCGCUCUCGCCAUCUUUCCUUCCUUUCCUCUCGCUCUCCAUCGGUCGACUCCAGCCUCUGUCGUCGGAGGACACCUGCUUCAGUACCUACUCUAGCCAGUCAGACAGUCAGUAUGGCUCGCCGCCGCGCGGCUGGUCGGAGGAGAUGGACGAGCAAGGCCACACGCUGUACAUUAGUGACUAUACUAAUGAGAAGUGGUUAAAACAUGUUGAUGACCAGGGCAGACCCUAUUACUACAGUGCGGAUGGUUCAAGGUCAGAAUGGGAACUGCCAAAGUACAACCUCUCCCCCCCCAAACCGUCUGGAGACGCUCCAAAGAGUCGCAGUCUGGACAGGAAACACGUGGAUCCCAUCGUCCUGACCAAGUGGAGACACAGCGCCUACGUCCACGAUCCCAUUGACAAGGACGCUCCUCCGGGCCCCAAGCCCCCCUCUCCUGACACUGACUCCUGCCCUUCGUCUCCUAAGCCCCCUUCCUCUCCUUCUGAAAGAUGUGGCAUUCUGAAUGUGACAAAGAUCACAGAGUACGGCAAGAAAGUACGGAAGAACUGGACUUCUUCCUGGACUGUGCUCCAAGGAUCCACGUUGCUGUUUGCCAAAGGCCAAGGAGGCGGGACGAGUUGGUUUGGAGGCGGUCAGUCCAAACCAGAGUUUACUGUGGAUCUGAGGGGCGGCUCGGUGGAAUGGGCAUCCAAGGACAAGUCCAGCAAGAAGCACGUUAUAGAGCUGAAGACUCGGCAGGGCACAGAGCUGCUGAUCCAGUCAGACAACGAAGGCACAGCCACUGAGUGGUUCCGCGCGCUGCAGGACACCAUCAGCACCCAUGCCUGGGAGUCUGAUGAGGCCAUUGAAGAGGACAUGCCGGACUCGCCUGGUGCAGAGAAACAUGACAAAGAGAAGGAACACAGAGAUUCAAAGAAAGGCAGAGCCUUGAAGACCUCCGUCAGCACGGACUGCUCCGACAACAAGAAGACCAAACACAAGCUGAAGAAGUUCCUGACCCGCCGUCCCACCCUGCAGGCCGUCAGAGACAAGGGAUACAUCAAAGAUCAGGUGUUCGGCUGCAGUCUGUCCAGUUUGUGUAGCAAGGAGAACAGCACAGUGCCGGGCUUCGUCAAGAUGUGUAUCGACCACGUGGAGAACAAUGGUUUGAGUGUAGACGGGCUGUACAGAGUUAGCGGGAACCUGGCUGUCAUACAAAAACUACGCUUUGCUGUCAAUCACGAUGAGAAGGUGAACCUGGCAGACGGGAAGUGGGAGGACAUCCACGUGACCUCCGGAGCUUUAAAGAUGUACUUCAGAGAGCUGCCGGAGCCCCUCUUCACCUACACUUACUUCAACGACUUUGUCAACGCCAUCAAGAGUCCAGACUACAAGCAACGAGUUCAGUCCAUCAAAGAGCUGGUCCGACAGCUGCCCAAGCCCAACCACGACACCAUGCAGGCUCUCUUCAAACACCUCAGGAAGGUGAUCGACCACGGCGAGGAAAACCGUAUGACCACCCAGAGCGUGGCCAUCGUGUUCGGCCCCACGCUGCUGCGGCCUGAAACGGAGACCUUCAACAUGGCCAUCCACAUGGUCUACCAGAACCAGAUAGUGGAACUAAUACUGCUGGAGUACGAGAACAUUUUCGGCAGGUAGAACUAGACGCUGGAGGAUGAGCUUCUGUUUCUUUUUUCCCCCUCUCUCUCUUUCUGUCCCCCAACGCAGAGCUCUUCCUAACCCAGCAUGGCCCUGCCAAAAACAGCCGUGCCUGGCUUGGCCCGGUCCAAAUCCGGCCCUGGGCAGCUUCUCUUCUCAUCUCAAAAACAACCUGCGGUCGCCAGCUUACAGCCUCCGGACCAAAGCCACACAAGCAUGUUGUGAACCAAAACAUAGCAAACUAGUGACCAAAAAGUUUAGACUCUUUGCACUUUUCAGUAUCUUAUUUUCUCCUGCAGCUGCAUUUGUGCCACUUUACUGCAAAGGUGAUGUCCUCCUGUCCCAACACUGGAUUCCUAAAACUACUUACAUGGGCCAAACAAGCCUCUAACUACUGCACAGACUGACUGAGACCAAAGGAGCCGCCUAGGAAUGAGCCUCAGUAGCCUCUAUUACAGAGGAGGAGUCAGUAUUGGAGCUGGAGGUGCACCCUGUAUGUACUGUACUGUAUAUCCUAUGACGUGUAUAGGCUCCUGUAUAGACCACACUGGGGAACCAACAGAAGACACCAAACUGCUGUACUUGGCCUUAGAUGUUUAGACACUAAGAAACAGAGUUAGAACAAGGAGAAGAAGGGAUGAUUUGGAGGUUUUUUUAUUUAGGGACUAUAUGUUAAAGAACAUUUUCUGCCCUUUCCGAACUCUUUAAUUUACAUAUUCUUUAUUUUAUGCUUUCCAUCUCUCUGAAUCUGUUUCUCCCAUACUUUUUUCCCCCAUGCUGAAAUACUGGACCGGGGUCGUCUGAACACAUAAGAGGUUAACACUCUGUAAUAUAUAUCUGCACCUUCUCCAUUUGGCUUUAAGAACAAAUCCUCUUACAGUAGUCAGAACAUCAACUUGAAAAAAACAAAAACAUAACAAAAGGUACUUAAGCUGUGUCUUUCCUUGACUCGUGGAUAUUAAAUGUUCAGGCGAACAGCCUUUGAACGUGACUCCAUUGAUACAUCUGUACAGUGUUAAUGUGUAUGUAUGUGGAUGGAGGGGGUGGAUGUAUGAAUGGAUUUCAUGACAAUAUAUAUUGUACAAAAAGUAAAUACAAGUAUGUAUGCCUGGAGUGUUAAAUACAUGAUACGAGGGAGAAAUCACUAUUUUGUGAUCAUUGUGUAACCAACAGAUGUGAGGAGUAGAGUUCUGCAAUGGUGAUGUGGAGGUUUACCUGUGUGUUAGGUAACUGGAAGAUUGUGAAUGUAGCUUUGGAGAGUAACUGUUGGCUUUAUCAAACUGGAAUAAAGACCUCUAACAAGAGAUAUUCCAAAGGA